ACACUCGUCCUUUUCUUGAGUGGGUUUCUCCGCCCCCUCAGUGACGAAGGCAGCGGAGUAGAAAAACGCACGGCGGACGCCUGUUUUUCUCCAUCGUGGUGAAAAGCGCAAAGCUGGAGACGAAGCGCAGUGGAGAGAGGUAGCUAGUGGUUCACAAGGGGUUACUCUCCUGAAAACCAAUAGAGACAAGGGUAACUAGAAGGGUCUUAGUUAUUUGUAACCAUGGUAGGAGAAGACAAUAUAUCUCUAAGAAAUCGCCGAGCUACAUACGGCACUGCAGAAGAGAAAGAUGACUUACCAAGCAGGCUGGAAGAGGACUGGCAAUUCUCUAAAUCAACCAAUGGUCGAAUUGAUGUUGAUCAUGCAAUAACAAGAAAGAUGCGACUCUUAGCAGAAGCAGAGCAGUUGAAGCCAGCAUUCAUGAAGGGUGUGGAGAAGCAUUUUACUGAAGUUGUCAAUAGUUUGGUUGCAAAUUCUGUGCUGCUGGAAUCUUCCCCAGCUGCUUUUCCAGAGAAAGACAGUCUCAAACUCAAGGGAACAAGAGCACCUCCAGAACAUGGGAAAAUUUUUAUUCCCAGAAAGUCUGUCUUGGAUGAGUUAUUUGAAGUGAAUCAUAUCCGGACCAUCUACCACAUGUUUAUUGCUCUCCUCGUUUUGUUCAUCCUCAGCACACUUGUGGUGGACUACAUUGAUGAGGGGAGGCUUGUGCUAGAAUUUGAUUUCCUCGUUUACUCUUUUGGCAAAAUUUCUAUCGUCAUUCCAACUUGGCUUUGCAUGUUCUUCUCCACGUUACUUGUGCCAUAUGCCCUCUUUGCCCAGUGGGCCCAGGGGUUCCAUACCUCCUCCCACAAGUUCAUCCGUUCCACUUUAUUUGGGGCACUAUUUGUGAUUUUCCAAACAGUUUGUCUUGGAUUUGGACCAACGUACAUUGUAUUGCUUUAUGAUCUAGCGCCAGCCUCUCGUUUUAUAAUUAUACUUGAACAGGUACGUUUUGUGAUGAAAGCUCACUCUUUUGUCAGGGAGAAUGUUCCCCGAAUAAUCUCUGCUACUCCUCAAAAGUCAAAUUCUUUUCACCUUCCUAAAGUUUCCCAGUAUCUGUAUUUUCUUUUUGCUCCCACUCUUAUUUACCGAGAUGAAUAUCCCAGAACACCCACAAUAAGAUGGAGCUAUCUGGCUACCAAGAUUGCACAGAUUCUUGGUUCAUUGUUCUAUGCUUACUACAUAUUUGUAAGACUCUGUAUUCCAACGUAUCGGAAUUAUAGCCUGGGACACUUCAGUCUACGAGGACUAGUUCUUUGCAUCUUCAACUCUAUUCUUCCAGGUGUAUUGAUUCUGUUCCUGACCUUCUUUGCAUUCCUUCAUUGCUGGCUUAAUGCUUUUGCUGAGGUGCUCCGCUUUGCUGACAGAAUGUUUUAUCAGGACUGGUGGAAUUCUACAUCUUUUUCAAACUAUUACCGAACUUGGAAUAUCGUAGUACAUGAUUGGCUGUAUUACUAUGCCUACAGAGAUUUCAUUUGGUUCUUUGGAAAAAAAUUCAAAGCAGUUGCUAUGCUGUCAGUUUUCAUGGUUUCUGCUGCAGUACAUGAAUAUAUCCUGGCUGUUUGCUUGGGUUACCUGUAUCCAGUCCUGUUCUCCUUGUUCCUGUGUUUUGGAAUGGUUUUCAACUUCAUUCUCCAUGACCGGCGGAAAAACCCCAUUUUUAACAUCAUCAUGUGGACGUCCCUCUUCCUUGGCCAAGGUGUCCUUAUAUGCCUUUACGGGCAAGAGUUAUAUGCCCGUCAGUAUUGUCCCAGGGAAAAUCCAACUUUCCUGGAUUAUGUGAAACCACGUUCUUGGUCUUGCCCUCUUAGGAUAUGAAGACCUCUGGGAGUUGUCUUUAGAACCGAGAUCAGAAGAUGCUCUUUAGUCAAACAAUAACAAAUUGGGUCCAAUGAUAUAAAUGAGUUGAGCCUUUUUUUAAAAAAGGAAAUUGUAUGUAUUUCUGGAAAAUGAUGGCAUUUUGGCGCACAAGGCAGCUAAAUCUGUACAAGGCCCAGUAGAUUAUUCUCAUUCCUAGUUAUUCCAAUAUGAGCCAUUUACAUGCUGGUCAUGAAAACUGCUAAAAGGUUAGUGAAGAAAUUUCUAGUUAAGUUUUGCCUAUUGCAAAUAGCUGUCUAUGUAGUAUUCCUUUUACCCAUUGUUUCCUUAAAAAAGUAGUAUUGUGUGAUCUGGAUAAUAGUGACUAUUUGCAUAAAUCUUCUGUCAGAAUCACACUUGAAAUGAGACAUUUGAACUGUAUUUGUACUACAGCUGCUACGAAUAGGCCAGCUGCUGCUUUUGUCCAGAACCUGAGAAAAAAACAGGUAUGGCUAUUCACACUGGGGGGGUUAGAGAAAAAAAUAAGGAACAGUUAAGGUACCUUUACAAUUUAUUUUAUUUCUUAAACCAUAUUAUGAAGGAUUGCUGAAAUAUAUUACUGAGAGCCCUCUUUGGUGAUGAGUCAAAGAUAUCCCCCCCUUGUAAGUGAAUGUAUUAAUACCUGGUUUAGAUCACCUGCCAUAAGUGGGCUUUUCCUGUAAUAGCAAUAAUAUAAAUGUAUGGUUUCGACGGAUGCAGCCAUGCAACAGAUAUUAGUAGAAAUUGUAAUUUGGCCUAGGGUAAAUAAAAGUUGGGCAUGAUCCAACACUGCUUUAAAGGGUAAAAUUAUUGCCUGUGUGAAUAAUGUAUUGUGAAAAAUGUGUCUCAUGUUUUGCUUUGACAUCUUUCAGUAUUUUUCUUUCAAAUUAAAGUAAGCCCAGUGUUAUUGACUGUACCGUCUAGUACUUCCUUUGAUGCUUAGUUUCUUAAUAAUCUGACAACACAGAGUGGCCAUUUACUACCAGGUUCAUUUAUCUUUUAGUUUUUGAACUGUUAACAUAAGAAAAUGUUAAGUACUAAACAUGUUGUAAAUUACAUUGCAGGCUUAUAGCAGAGUUAUCAGGGAUAGCCUUGUGGGUUCCAUUAACAUUUAGACUAGGACCAGUUUCUGUAAUAAUGAUGUGUUCUAUUGAAGAUCACAGAAUUUAAAACAAAAUGUGUUUAAAACUUUCCUUCUCUCUUUAGUUUAAGACCAAUUUAAAUGUGAUAUUAUUAACUUAACAAUUGAAUGAGACUUAAAAAAAAAAGAGGUUGUCGUGAAAGGUACAUUUUAUACUACCUUCUCUUCCUUGUUACGAUCCCAGUUUGAAGAAUUUGGAAGUGAAGCUCUCUUCAUUUACAAUCAUAGGCAGUUUUCCUCUCUAUCAAUAAAAAUUCACUCAGCCAGCAGAUAUACCGUAUUUUUCAGAGUAUAAGACACACCAGAGUAUAAGAUGCACCUACCUUUUUUGGUGAUGAAGGGAAACAGUAAUAAGAAUAUAAUAAGUAAUACUAGAAUAUGAUAUACUGGUAUACUAGAAUUAGUAGAAACUUGUUAUUCUGUAACCAUUAGGUUCCUGUAACACAAAUAUGCCUUUGUAUUUGUAUCACAUAUAUUAUGCCUUUAUAUUUGUAUCUCUUGUAACAAACAUAUUCUGUUAUUAGGCCUCUGUAAUGUAUCUGGUCUUUGUCAAACAUAUGUUUCUGUCAUUUGAUCUGAACCGAUAUCAAUCUUCUUCCUGUUUUUCUUGUGCCAUCUAAGAGCAUGGUACGUAUCUGAAUUGCUUAACGCACUGUAAGCCGCCCUGAGUCUUCGGAGAAGGGCGGCAUAUAAAUCAAAUAAAAAAAAAAAAUUGGAACUGCAGACAUCAUCAGAGGGAUAAUUUACACUUCAGCCCUAAUUUACACCUUUGAUCUGUAUAAGCUCCUUCCUUGCAGAACCAGGGGGCCAAAUGAGCAAUUGGGAGAACAAAGGAAUGAUCAAGGAAGAGAUAACACACCCACUAGGGGCCAGUGGGUGGGCGGGGCUACAUUCGGUGUAUAAGACACACCUAAAUUUUCACCCCCUUUUGGGUGGGGGGGAAGUGUGUCUUAUACUCCGAAAAAUAUAGUAGUUUCAUGCAUUAGAUUCCUGUGAGGUAGUCUUUCUCAACUAUGACCAUAGUAUCUUCAGUAUUAAUUUUUUUACAAACAUCAUUAAUAUGUGGUCAUAUGCCCAUUAUUUUUACAUUCUUUAUUGAUUAUCACUGCAGUGAUACAGAACAUAAUUAGUAUUGAAGAACUGAAAAAAGCACUGACUUGGAAAGCUUCAGUGUUCCAGUUAAAAUAGCAGUUUGCUCAGUAACAUUCCUCUGAAAGUAAUAAUGGGAUGGAUUAGGUAUGGAACACCCUGAGACAUAUUUUUGCCAAUGUGACACAUAAUCACUAUAUUGGUAGCUGACAGUUAAUACCCUACAGGGCUGAUAUAUAGCCUGUAGAUAAAUAUUAGAGAACUCUGUUUCACUAGUGUGAACUAUUCACAAGGUAUUGGGGCUGUGACUCAAGUAAAUAAAAAAAUUGGAGAUUGGGAAAAUGAAUACAGUCUGUAUAUAUUUCAAGUUUUCCCUUAAUUGAUUAAUGGUUCUCUAGCGCAUUAUAGAUGAUGGUGGUUGUUCUCUUUAUUUUGUCUAAUUUUGUUAAACUAAACUCAUACAGUUUGUUUUCUGUAGUAUAACUUUAAUUACUUAUUUAAAGUGAUUUAAUCUAACCACAGAACACUAGGGUCGACUGUUUUUCAAGAUAAAAGCAGCUUCAUAGUAUUAAAAGGGCAACUGGAAGAUUUUCAUUCUGCAAAAAUAUUUUAAAUACCUUUUGUUUUCUGAAAAUUGAACAGACCCGUUUCAAUACUCUGUUUAAAAAAAAUUCUUAGAAGAUGACAAACUGAAAGAAACCUUGGAAAAUUUGAUAUAAGAUUUACAUGACUGAUAUAAAUUAAACCAUUAAAUUAUGUCAUUUUAAUAGAACAAGUUUCACACUGAAAGUUUUUACACUGAAACCAGAUUUUCCUAAAAAAACAUUGUAUAUAUUUUAAGAAUUGCUGGCAUGGAAUGCUUGUAUUUAUAUUUGGUAAUUUGUUAUGGACAAAUCAAAUAACAUUUACAGAAAGAAUACUGAAUUUGUUAUUUUGAAAUAAAACUUGUGUUGUUCUAAAUUUGUUCUAAAAUAAAAGUUUUGAGUCUCUCUAA